UAGAAAACGGAGACCAACGAGAGAGACAACAAGAGACAAAAAAAAAUUUUCUCUCAAUGAAACGCCAAAAUUAGCGCCUUUUUAGCUUGAUGCUGUAGCAGAAGAAACAUUCCCAGUGGCAUUUCUCGCAAGAAAAUGGCCACGAUAGUUCCCCCUCAGCCUCCAAAUGACCCAGACUUGGAGGUGAAGGUAAAGAAAGCUCUGGAACGCGUGAGUGAGAACAUCCACAUAUCUGCCAACGAGCCCUCGCUAGCUGUCUACCGUCUCCAGGAACAUGUCCGGCGCGCCCUUCCACCCACAGUGUCGCGGAGGCAGCAUGUUACUGCCCUCCACUCACAGCUUCAGGGAGCAUGCUAUGAUGUUGAGUACGCUCUAGGGGCUGUACGCAGCAUGCAUGACGCGAGCGAGAAGUUCUCCUCCCUGCAAGAGCUGCUGAAGAGUGCCAUUUUCCACCGUCAGCAGCUGAAAUAUGAGCAGACCCGCAGGAAGCAGAGGGAGCCCAGCAUGUACAAGAGGCUCUCCUCCCACAUCUCUUCCAUCGACCUUCCUGACCUGCCUGACUUGCCGGACGCCUUCCGUGAGACUGCCUCCCGCGUUGAGUCUGCCCUCCAGCACGCCCGCAGCUCCUACGAAAGCCACACACGCAACCUCGGAGGACAAAGAUUCAGACGAGGACCUGAGGUAGCAAGAGAAAAGGGGCAAGGGCAGAUGCGCCGCGUCUGCCUCCUCAGCGGAAAAGGCUACCACCAGAGACUGUG